CCCCUCCCCCGCCGCGGAUCCUGGCCGCUGCUCUCCACACCCAGGAUGCCGGGGGGCAAGAGAGGGCUGGUGGCACCGCAGAACACAUUUUUGGAGAACAUCGUCAGGCGCUCCAGUGAAUCAAGUUUCUUACUGGGAAAUGCCCAGAUUGUGGAUUGGCCUGUAGUUUAUAGUAAUGACGGUUUUUGUAAACUCUCUGGAUAUCAUCGAGCUGACGUCAUGCAGAAAAGCAGCACUUGCAGUUUUAUGUAUGGGGAAUUGACUGACAAGAAGACCAUUGAGAAAGUCAGGCAGACUUUUGACAACUACGAGUCAAACUGCUUUGAAGUUCUUCUGUACAAGAAAAAUAGAACCCCUGUUUGGUUUUAUAUGCAAAUUGCACCAAUAAGAAAUGAACACGAAAAGGUGGUCUUGUUCCUGUGUACUUUCAAGGAUAUUACAUUGUUCAAACAGCCGAUAGAGGAUGAUUCAACAAAAGGUUGGACGAAAUUUGCCCGAUUGACACGGGCUUUGACAAAUAGCCGAAGUGUUUUGCAGCAGCUCACGCCAAUGAAUAAAACAGAGGUGGUUCACAAACAUUCAAGAUUAGCUGAAGUUCUUCAGCUGGGAUCAGAUAUCCUUCCUCAGUAUAAACAAGAAGCGCCAAAGACGCCACCACACAUUAUUUUACAUUAUUGUGCUUUUAAAACUACUUGGGAUUGGGUGAUUUUAAUUCUUACCUUCUACACCGCCAUUAUGGUUCCUUAUAACGUUUCCUUCAAAACGAAGCAGAACAACAUAGCCUGGCUGGUACUGGAUAGUGUGGUGGAUGUUAUUUUUCUGGUUGACAUCGUUUUAAAUUUUCACACGACUUUUGUGGGGCCCGGUGGAGAGGUCAUUUCUGACCCUAAGCUCAUAAGGAUGAACUAUCUGAAAACUUGGUUUGUGAUCGAUCUGCUGUCUUGUUUACCUUAUGACAUCAUCAAUGCCUUUGAAAAUGUGGAUGAGGGAAUCAGCAGUCUCUUCAGUUCUUUAAAAGUGGUGCGUCUCUUACGACUGGGCCGUGUCGCUAGGAAACUGGACCAUUACCUGGAAUACGGAGCGGCAGUCCUCGUGCUCCUGGUAUGUGUGUUUGGCCUGGUGGCCCACUGGCUGGCCUGCAUAUGGUAUAGCAUCGGAGACUAUGAGGUCAUCGACGAAGUCACUAACACCAUCCAAAUAGACAGUUGGCUCUACCAGCUGGCUUUGAGCAUUGGGACUCCAUAUCGCUACAAUACCAGUGCAGGGAUAUGGGAAGGAGGACCCAGCAAAGAUUCACUGUAUGUGUCCUCUCUCUACUUUACCAUGACAAGCCUUACAACCAUAGGAUUUGGAAACAUAGCUCCUACCACAGAUGUGGAGAAGAUGUUUUCGGUGGCUAUGAUGAUGGUUGGCUCUCUUCUUUAUGCAACUAUUUUUGGAAAUGUUACAACAAUUUUCCAGCAAAUGUAUGCCAACACCAACCGAUACCAUGAGAUGCUGAAUAAUGUACGGGACUUUCUGAAACUCUAUCAGGUCCCAAAAGGCCUUAGUGAGCGAGUCAUGGAUUAUAUCGUCUCAACAUGGUCCAUGUCAAAAGGCAUCGACACAGAAAAGGUCCUCUCCAUUUGUCCCAAGGACAUGAGAGCUGAUAUCUGUGUUCAUCUAAACCGGAAGGUUUUUAAUGAACAUCCUGCUUUUCGAUUGGCCAGCGAUGGGUGUCUGCGCGCCUUGGCAGUAGAGUUCCAAACCAUUCACUGUGCUCCUGGGGACCUCAUUUACCACGCUGGAGAAAGUGUGGAUGCCCUCUGCUUUGUGGUGUCGGGAUCCUUGGAAGUCAUCCAGGAUGAUGAGGUGGUGGCUAUUUUAGGGAAGGGUGAUGUAUUUGGAGACAUCUUCUGGAAGGAAACCACCCUUGCCCAUGCAUGUGCAAAUGUCCGGGCCCUGACAUACUGUGACCUACACAUCAUCAAGCGGGAAGCCUUGCUCAAAGUCCUGGACUUUUACACAGCUUUUGCAAACUCGUUCUCAAGGAAUCUCACUCUUACCUGCAAUCUGAGGAAACGGAUCAUCUUUCGUAAGAUCAGCGAUGUGAAGAAGGAGGAGGAGGAGCGCCUCCGGCAGAAGAAUGAGGUGACCCUCAGCAUCCCUGUGGACCACCCGGUCAGAAAGCUCUUCCAGAAGUUCAAGCAGCAGAAGGAGCUGCGCAAUCAGGGGUCAACACAGAGUGACCCCGAGAGGAACCAACUCCAGGUAGAAAGCCGUUCCUUACAGAAUGGAGCCUCCAUCACUGGCACCAGUGUGGUGACUGUGUCACAGAUUACUCCCAUUCAGACGUCUCUGGCCUAUGUGAAAACCAGCGAAUCCCUUAAGCAGAACAACCGUGAUGCCAUGGAACUCAAGCCCAAUGGCGGUGCUGAUCAAAAGUGUCUCAAAGUCAACAGCCCAAUAAGAAUGAAGAAUGGAAAUGGGAAAGGGUGGCUGCGACUCAAGAAUAAUAUGGGAGCCCAUGAGGAGAAAAAGGAAGACUGGAAUAAUGUCACUAAAGCUGAGUCCAUGGGGCUAUUGUCCGAGGACCCCAAGAGCAGUGAUUCAGAAAACAGUGUGACCAAAAACCCAUUAAGGAAAACAGAUUCUUGUGACAGUGGCAUUACAAAAAGUGACCUUCGUUUGGAUAAGGCUGGGGAGGCCCGAAGUCCACUAGAGCACAGUCCCAUUCAGGCUGAUGCCAAGCACCCCUUUUAUCCCAUCCCUGAGCAGGCCUUACAGACCACACUGCAGGAAGUCAAACAUGAACUCAAAGAAGACAUCCAGCUGCUCAGCUGCAGAAUGACUGCUCUAGAAAAGCAGGUGGCAGAAAUUUUAAAAAUACUGUCAGAGAAAAGUGUGCCCCAGUCCUCAUCACCCAAAUCCCAAAUGCCACUCCAAGUACCUCCCCAAAUACCAUGUCAGGAUAUUUUUAGUGUUUCAAGGCCUGAAUCACCUGAAUCUGACAAAGAUGAAAUCCACUUUUAAUAUAUAUACAUAUAUAUUUGUUAAUAUAUUAAAAACAGUAUAUACAUCUAUAUACAUGUGUAUAUAUCGUAUAUACAUAUAUAUAUUUUCACUUGCUUUCAAUAUGGUGACAACGUGGAUUUUGAUAUGUAAAUAUUGCAUGUCCAGCUGGAUUCUGGCCUGCCAAAGAAGACGAUUAUUAAACACAUAGAUAUUGCUUGUAUAUUAUGCAGUUGACUGCAUGCACACUUUACAUUUGUUUAUAACCUCUAAUCUAUAAUAAAAGAGUAUGAUUUUUGUUACCCAAGGCAAUGUAAUAUUUGAAGAAUCAGGGUCCAACCUGCCAAUGUUGCCAUGACACAUUUGAUCUCAGGCUGAGUAUGUAUAUCGAGCUAUCAUUUUCUCACUGUUCUGUUAAGUUAAAAUUGUAGAUUAAUGCCAAUGAAGAGUUCAGUCUUUUAAACUAUUAGUACCACGUUAUGAUCUCUUUCCAUAGGAUAUUUUUCUGUGACUUAGGUGAGGUUCUUUUCCCCUACAGGCAUUGUUUGCUCCAUUUAAAUGACUGUUUUGUUGCCUAAGUCAGAUAACAGUGUGCGAUAUUGAAAACUUCUUGCUAUGGGUUUUGUGCAUGAAUUACAUUUUUUUGCUCAACUAUACCUCUCCUUUUUUAACAUUAUACUUAGAUAGUAAUCAUUAGCUCUUCUGUAAGGAAAUCCCUACUCCGUCUUUCUUGGAGAACAGCUGCCAUCUUGUAGGCUGACAUUAUCAACAUCAUAAAUACUAAACUAUUAAUAUAGUGUAUGUUAUUAUAGAAACACUGCACCACAGGGUAUAAGGGCCUUUUAACAAUUCGUGUAAGAGAUGCUGAAUUUCCAAAGCUGAUGAAUGCUCUAAAUUUGUAUUUCCAAAACAUGUUCAAGAGUGACGUUGAAAGGUUUCUUAGCAAAUAAACAU